UCAGCACCCGUCGCCGCCGCGUUCCCUUUCCCUCGUUGAGCGAGCGACCAUGACGCAGCCGCCGCGUCUCCUCCCCGUAGUUGAGCGAGCGACCACGACGCUGCCGCCGCUUGGCAAGAAGACGAAGGGACGGCAGCGCAGGGAGAACCGCCGGGUGGAGGACAAGGAGUCGCGGCAGGUGACCUUCUCCAAGCGAAAGUCCGGGCUCUGGAAGAAGGCCGCGGAGCUCGCCUUGCUCUGCCGCGCCAGCCUCGCCAUCGUCGUCUUCUCCGAGGCCGGCAAGGCGUUCGCCUUCGGCAGCCCCUCCGCCGACGCCGUCCUGGCCUGCGCCGACGUCGACGGCGACGCCCUUGCUCCUGUUCCUGCCGCCGACGACGUGGAGUGGGAGGCCCUGGAGGCGCUGUGCCGGGAGACGGGGGCCAAGGGCCUGGAGGUCGCGGCGGAGGCCGAGCGGAUGAGCGCCGUCGGGAAGAAGGUGGUGGAGGUGCAGACGCAGGCGGGGAAGCGCUUCUGGUGGGAGGCAGACGUGGAGGCGCUCGGGGAGGCGGAGCUGCCGGUGUUCGCCAGGGCGCUCCAGCGCCUCCGGGACAACGUGCGCCGCCACGCCGACAAGAUGCCCUCCGCUGCACCACAGCCUCAUUAGUCCAGGGCAGGGCAGGCCGAGCUUCGCUUAAUCGCCAUUGUUCUUGGAUCAUCUUUGCUUAGCUGCCUUUUAAUAGUAGUACUGUGUAAGAUUAGUGGCGAUUAUCGUUCACGAGUACAAUUGACAGG